GUCAAGUCAAUAUCAGCUGAUAAUUUUCAUGUUUAUUUAGAUAGACUAGAAAAUCGUAAGAAAACUGGGAAAAUUCAUAAAAUGGAGAGCGAAAAGCUCUACCAGUGUCGACUGUGCAUGAAACGCACCGCCAAAAAAAUGGAUGUGUUCAAACAGGACUUUCCCAAGAUGAUUUAUUUACUCAGUGGAAUUCAAGCUGACUAUAAUGACGGUCUUCCCAGAGAAUCCUGCCUGGAUUGUGCCAAAGAUGUAAAGUUUUGUAUGUCAAUCCGCAAACAAAUCAUCCAAUCAUAUAAGACACUAAAGCUCCUACUUGCCGGCCAAGAAACCAAAAUGGAACCUCAACAAACCACUAUAGAGAAAACCGAACAUUUAGUGCCUAGAAAAAGGCGCUCAAUGACACCCGAUAGUACCACUGAUGAUGAUGUACUUUAUGAACAAUAUGGCAGUUCUGACAAUGAUGAGUCUGAACGACACCCGGAUUCGAAAGCUGAGAGUGUUGUUGAAGAAGAAAUCACUCUGAUCACCGAACCUUAUUGUAUGAAUGGAAAUGCGGAAGAAGUGACAUCUGAAAAUGAAACUAAACAGGAGAAUGUUGAGGAGGAGGUUGAGGCUAAAUGUGAAGGUAUCGAGGAAGGUCCAAGGACCAGAUCGGCGAAAAAUCUUUUGAGGAAGAGAAAUAUGCUGGCUGCAAGCAAUAGGAUAUUACAGCAAGGAGAUCCAAGAUACUCGAGAGUCUUAUUCGUACGAAAAUCCCGUCGUGAAAAAACACCGACGACGACCGACCCGCCGAUCCCAAAACGUAAUAAACACGACGAGGACCAGUCGAAAAUCAUUUGGCGUAACGGUAAAAAGCACGUCGCAUGCGAAAUAUGCAAGAAAGAAGUGAAAAAACACUAUUUAAAAAACCACAUGGCCAUCCAUUUUCCCGAACAUUUCAGUUGCGAUAUUUGCGGCGUGACAACGAGAAACCUGAGGGGAUUGAGUUAUCACAAACUUUACUGGCACUCGUCGAAGUUGGACUAUAUUUGUGACAAGUGUGGGAAGAAGUAUCGCUCGAAACACGCCCUGGAGUUGCACAAUAAGAAGGAACAUGGCGGAGUUCGGGAUUUGGAGUGUAACAUUUGUGGCAAGAAGUUCUUUCAGAAGAUGCAUCUAAAAAGGCACGUGGACGGAAUCCACGCGAAACUCCGUCCGCACAAGUGCGAAUACUGCGGCAAAGAUUUUACGAAACGCACCCAUUUGGUGACGCAUUGGAGGACGCACACCAACGAGACGCCGUUCGCUUGCGACAUGUGCGGCGAACGUUUCAAACUGAAAUUAUCCCUGAAAAAUCACCUGAGACGGGCGCAUAAUUACGUCGAGAAGGAAAAAGUGUUUUGUCCGAUUUGUAAUCGGGGAUUCGCCUCGGAAAUCGGUCUGAGGGCUCAUAUCAAUUCGAGGGUGCACGAGGGCGAGAAGUGUCAGUAUUGUAGCGAGUCUUUCACCCCCGAGUACUUGAAGAAACAUUUGAGGGAGGUGCAUUUCCACGAGGAGGAGGGUAUUGAUGGAGAGUUUCAAUGAGUUGACUGAAUUGAACGUGUUUUUUUUUGUAAUUUCAAAUGUAUAUUUUGUAUGAUUUAUUGUUGUAGAUACGAUAGUUGUAAAUAAAAUUCUUUGUACACUGAAACAA